AUGGAUCAACUACCGAUUUAUGUCGUUGAAUAUAUCAUAUCGUUGGCUAUCAACAAUCGAGGGUUCUUUGACUCCAAGAGAUAUAGAGAUGGCUACCAACAACAACCUCAGAAUCUUCAGUUGGCCAAUACCAUGAACAUCGGAUUGGUGUGUCGCAGAUGGCGUGUCAUUGUCAAUCAAGGCCUUUCUCUUAUUGAGUUGCAUCCUGGCAUGAUGAAACAUCUCUUUUCCCAAAGAAAUAUUUACUCUACGACCUCCUACCACAACCAUCUCCGACAACAACAACAACAACAACAACGACCCAUCUCAUCACUUAGUUAUAAUGAAAGGUUGAUGAGUAGGAAUACAACCGAUCCAUUCAAGAGAUUCGAUACUAGCAUGCUACUCCGACUUCUCAAAGCAUAUCCUUCAGUCAAAAGCGUUUACCUUUCAUUUUUCCAAUUUUUUCGUAUAGGCGGCAAUCAAAAUAAUAAUCAAAAUAAUCAAACUAAUAAUAUUAUUGAUAAUAAUCAUAAUAUGUAUAAUAAUAAUAAUAAUAAUAAUAAUAAUAAUAAUAAUAAUAAUAAUAAUAAUAAUCUUUCAAGUAAAUUUCAAUCAACACCAUCACAUCAAAAUAAUCAAAUACUUUCAGAACAAAUCAUUAAAGAGGUUAAAGAAAGGAAUUUAUUGUAUAAUUCAAUUGGUGUACAGUGUCUCCAGAUUGUGGAAUGUACAAAUUUCCGGUCCAUUACAUUUGUCGACUAUAUACUAUCGACCAAUUGCCUGACCAAUUUGGUGAUUGACCAAUGUAAUCUACGCGACUGGGACCUGUCCGUCCUUUCCUAUGCCCUAAAGGCAUCGACCAAUCCAAUCAGUACCGUUAGUUUGUGUCGAAAUUGUAUCUCUGAUGAAGGGUCAUAUGCACUUUCACAGAUGGUCAAUGAGAGCAAGACGCUGCGUGAACUCUACCUGUCUCACAAUUCGAUUGGAUCGAUUGGAGCCACCUAUCUUUCGCAAGCACUACAAAACAACCAAUCACUCGUAUACCUUGCACUCAACGACAACUCCAUCUCUAUGGAGGGUGCCUGCAACUUGAUCACAAGUCUCGAAGUCAAUCAAACACUUGUCAAAAUCGAUAUAUCUGACAACUAUUUUGAUGCACCCCAACUUUUUGAAAAGGUUCAGGUGGCCUUGUCCAUCUCCCUCAGUAAAUUGUCACAACACUUUGACAGAGUACAUAUUGACCCCUAUUUCAAUCAAACCUUUGUCGAUAAACUAUUACAAGAUCUAAAAGAACAAAGAGAAAAGGAAUUGGAAAGGGAUAAAUUGGAUGAAUUGUUAAAAGAAAGAGAAUUAAAAGAAAGUCUAGAACAACAAGAAAAUAUAAAUGAACAAGGACAAGAACAACAAGAACAACAACAAGAACAACAACAAGAACAAGAACCAGAACCGAAAGAGGAUAAACUAUUGAAUCAAAGAGAUUAUGAAUCAAUAUUAACGCCUCCAACUGUAUUAAAAAAAAGAAAAACCGAUUAA